GCAGUACUCCACCGACAGCUAAGGUUUUCUGAGUUGCGUAAUCUUCUGACUGUAGACUCGAGGGAACUCUGAACUCUCAUUUCCGCCCCCGUCUCUCUAACGCCAAAGCACAACAAAUUCCGUGGUGCAGUAGCAAAAUAAAAACUGGCUUUGGCUUUUCUGGUAAAUCUCACUAGCCGUAUCAUUCUCACUAUAUAAGUCCUUAGUGGUGGGGAUUUAUCCCAUGGAUCAUAUUUCGCGUUUUCCUGAUGGUGUUCUUCAUCAUUUUCUGUCUUUCCUCCCCACAAAAGAUGCACUUCGAACUAGUAUCCUAUCCAAAAGGUGGAAACCUGUGCUUGACACUUAUCCCAUUUUCGAUUUCAGUUGGGGUGACUGCGCAGGACAAAGUAGUGAUGCUAUGUAUAGUGAGAAUGCUUCUGAUGAAUAUCGCCAAAUGCUAACAAAAUUCAUGAAUUAUGUGGAUACGUCAAUUUUCAGAUUCUGCAAGUACAAGCUUAGCAUGCAGAAGUUUAAACUUUUUCUUGUCCUCCCUGAUCUGGAGUUGUCUUCUCAUUUGGACAAAUGGGUACAGAAGGUUAUUGAAAAUGGUGUCAAAGAGGUUGAUUUUGGCUUUGAUUUACCUGGUUAUUUACACUUUAAAAAACGCUACAAUAUGCCUGAUGCUAUUUUUGCUGCUAAAUCAGUCUUUGUUUUGAAAUUAUUCGGUUGUAAUGUGAAGCUCGAGGAGUCAUUCUGCAUAAAGCUGCAUUCUCUUCAGAAGCUUGCACUCAAGGAAGUCCAAAUGGAUGAUCAUUUGCUUAGAAGAAUUGUCACAUGCUGUCCAUUAAUUGAGGAUAUAUCUCUAAGAUUUUGUUGGGGUUUUAAAAAAAUUCAGGUUUUCGAGCUUCUCAGGCUUAAGAAGUUUGAAAUCUACUCUCACUUAUCUAAGCCUGAGAGUGUUGAGAUCAAAUCACCAAGUCUUGAAAGUUUCCAUUGCUCAUUUACAGUAAGAUCAGUGAAACCUAUUGUUAGCGUGGAUGCUUGUCAAGGACUCAAAAGUUUAAUCCUAUCUGGUUCUUUUGUCACAGAACUUCCAUUACAAGAUUUGGUUCCAAAGUUUCAUGUCCUAGAGAGUUUGAGAGUUGGUGACUGCCCGGUAUUGAAAAAGGUGAAAAUUUGAAGUUGGAACCUGAAGAGUUUGGAAAUUCAUUCUUGCGAGAAUAUAAUGGAUAUUGAGAUCAAUACUCCAAAUUUACUUUCAUGCAAGUACUGUGGUUCUGUUGUACCGGUUUCAUUGAAAAAUGCUCCAUCUUGUCAUUGGCAAGUUGAAUUUAGCCUGAUGAACACCCUUGACAUUCUUUGGUAUAUGACACUGAAAGAAUUUCUUGCAAAGUUCAAUCAGCUUGUAUAUCUACACGUAUAUGUAUAUCUUACAACGAUCAUGAGUUCACUUAAUUUGGAAGACUUGAGCAACAAUGCCUCUCCAUAUGUGGUCGACAAUGUGGUCCUAACAGUACAUUCUGCAUCUCCGAUAAUGACUGACGCUAAUUGUAUAGAUGGUUUGUUCUUCUUUUCUCGUCCCAAAAACUUGUUUACAAGAUCCACUGAUGAGCAAAAGAGAUAUGUAGAGUAUCUUUGUGGGUUAAUUUCGAAAAGAGCUCUAUCAUGCUGCAACCAUAGGAAAGCCAAAAUGUUGGCGACAUGACCUAAAAGAAGUGAAGCUUGGGAGCUUUGUAGAUAGUGCAGAUGGGAUGGUCGAUUACAACAGAAUGACCUCGAGUUUCUUUUGGCUGGUAAAAGGCCACACUCAUUGUAAAAUGGAAUGGAAAUUGUAGUACAUGCUUAGGAUUAGCAGUGAAGCCUGCAUUCUGCUCCUUAUCUUUUCCCUAAUCUGUUAUAUUCUAAUGUGUGAGAUUCUUGUU